GCGUCCGGUGCGUUCAGGAGCUGCAGAAAGUUGAGGAGAGUCUGCGAGAAACAUGAACGCGGGCAAAAGUUAGAGGCUGCUAACAUUAGCGUUGAACUAAUGCAAGUUUGCGUUUAAUAAAGUCGAAUUUACGAGUAUAUGAAGCUGGGUGAGGGCGUGUAUUACUAAACAUGGAUAUGUAUACAGACGAGACGGAGUUUAGAGAUCUCGGGAUGUUCCAAAGGGUUGUGGAUAUGUUUGAGAGUCGGCCUGGGUUUCAACGGAUUGUAAGACUCGGCCUCCUUGCUGAAAUGGACUACAACGAUGACCUAGAUGAUGCAGGGGAGGAUGUUUAUGAAGAUUGGAGAGAUCGUGGUCAUACUUCCCAUACAUACCCAAGGCUCUCUGACAGAAGCAGUGAUAAAGGAUUAAGUGGGAACCAUACAAGGUCACCCACCUCUAUUUAUCAGGUUCCACUGCGUUACUACGCCUCAGCUCGUGAUGUUCCUCACCCACCUUCUGUAAAAGAUGAGGCGAAGGAGAGCGAUACUGAAAGAAGAGCCAGAUUAUUACAAGAAGCAAAAAAAAGCAAAGGAAAGGCUGAAAAGAAGCGGCUUAAGAAACAGAAACGGAAGGAAAGAAAACGGCUUGAGAAGUUGGAGAAGGAAAAACAGAACCCUGUAAAAAAUGAAGAGGAAAAAGAAGAGGCAAAGCAAUCUAAAGCAGAGGAGAGUGCACCAGUUAACGAUAAAUCCAAUUCCAGUGUUAAAGAGUCUGCCUCAGCAAAAGAUACAGACAGCAGUGAUAGUAGUGAAGACGAAUCCAGUGAUGAAGAUAGCGACACCAAGAAUGACUCGGGCGACUCUGAGGAACUGGAUAUGACAAGUACCUUUGUGAGUAAAGCUGCUCUCAUAGCCAGGAGGAAAAUAGAGCAGAAGCCCAAGCCUGAGAGGAAGGAGAAAAAGAAGACCCCAGUUAAAGAAGAACCUAAAACCGUCCCUGACAAACAUAAUGAGACACUGGAGGCUGAAGAGAAGGAUGCUGCUGGCCCUAGCGGCCCCACCUUUGAAGAUAAUGUAAAAAUAAGUACUGAUCUUGCAAAUACUGGAAAUAGGUUUGCAAGUGCUGGAGACUUUAAUAUGGCUGUGAAGUAUUUCACGGAUGCAAUUAAAUACAACCCUACAGAGUUUAAGUUGUUUGGCAAUCGUUCCUUCUGUUUUGAAAAGAUGCAAGAAUAUAUGAAGGCGCUGACUGAUGCAGAGUUGUCUCUCAGCAUGUGUCCAGGCUGGGUUAAAGGUCUGUUUAGGAAGGGCAGAGCUUUGGCAGGUCUAAAGAGGUAUGAGGAAGCUGCCCAGGCCUUCAGGGAGGUUCUCAAACUGGACAGUUCCUGCGCGGAAGCUGCCCAAGAACUGAUGCGGGUGCAGAUAACACAACUAAUGGAGUAUGGUUUCACUCGAAAGCAGAGCUCAAAUGCUUUAAUUAUUCAUGGGACUGUGCAAAAAGCUUUAGAGGUUCUGUCACAAUUAAACUAUCAACCAGGAGCUAUUCAAAAUGGCACUCUCCCACUGGCUCAAGUAGCGAAUGUCAGCGGAGUCUCUCCAGUCCUUUCAGCCAAAACAAACCCUGGUCCUCCUCAGUCCCAGGACACACCAAAUACACCAUGUAAGAACAAGCCUUUAGACCCAGUCCAGAAUAUGUCGAACGUCAAGAUUCAACCGAAACCUAUUCCAAAUCAGGCCAUGAAGAAAACCUGGCUACCACAGGAGCUGUUUCCAGUUUGGGUGGGAAACUUGGUUUAUCCAGUAGAUGAGGACAUGAUAACCAACUUGUUUAACAAGGCCGGAGAGGUCUAUAGUGUGAAGGUUCUGGCUUCCAAACGAUGUGCCUUCGUAAACUUUACCAAACAAGAGUAUUGUGACGAAGCAAUCCAACGCUUUCAUGGCUUUGAGCUGAAUGGCAUUAGGAUUGCUGUGAGAUACCCAGACAGGAUUCCUCAAGGUAUGGGCAUUUCCAAAUCUGCCCUCAAAGCAGACGACCUGCAAGACGAGAAUGUGGGGCAGAGGUACGUUGGUGGGGGAAACGCAGUUGGAAGCCGAAGACCCGUCCGCCCUUACAGACAUGUCCCCGACUAUGGAGGCAACCACAAGUACUGAAAGGAAACGCGAUGCCUCAGGGCUAACUGUCCUCAAUAAAAGCAGAAUCACUUAUACUGUCUAAUAUACAUUUAUCAGUGGGGUCUAAUACACAUGAGUGGAAUCUAUGGGCUUUUAAAGCUUUGCUAACUGUUGAAGUAUUAUCAGAAUUUUUAAUGGUACCUAUUUUUUGUUUCUUUUUUCUUUUUUUACAUUGAUUUAUUAAGAUUUUAGAACUGACGUCAUCACCCUAAACAUAUUUAAAAGUAUUCAGAACAAAAUCCUUAAUCGGAUUAAGUAGUUUGAAGGCAGAAUGAGUCGGAUUUGUCUGAUGCUGUUUGUAAACACAAUUCAGAGUUGAAGACCGAGGAAGCGAGCAGUGCUCAAGUGAGAGUGAAUAGAAAGUUGUUGCACUAUUGGUGAGAAUAAAGCAGUGAAUCAGAAAUAAAGUUAUUUUCUGACUGUUUAACAGUGGAUAUGCUCUAAAGCACAAAUGAACACUGCCACACCUCCGUUAAACCCUGCAGGUAUGAACCACAUUUCAUCGUGUGUGUGUCUGUUUUACGGAGGGCGAGGCAGGGCUACACACAGAGUAGAAGAGAAAGACGGGCUAACAUUUGGUUGCUACAUUUUACCGAAUAGACAUGCAAAAAAAAACAAAAGCUGUGCAACUGUGAGAAUUUGAAUGUUCAUUAAUGAAGUUUUGAACAAUUCGUUACAGGCCUUUUAAGUAUUAGUCAGAAAAUGACUCCCACUGAUCUUUAAAAAAAAAAAAGGUAAUUGUUUUUUAGACUUUUAUGCAAGCUCAUGAUCCAGGUAUAACAACCACAACUUUCUGAUGCCAAGAUUGUUAAAGCUGGACUAAUAUAUUGUAGGUUAAUAUUGGUACUUUUAUUGUUUCUAUACAUCAGUUAUUAAUUUACAUGUUUCACUUCAUUUAUAAACUGAGAACAUAGUGUGUCCAGCAGACGCCUAUGUUUACACUCUGCAGUAUGAGCCCCAUGGCCAUACAGGAAUAAUUACUGGUAUACUUAUUUACAUAUUGUGAACUUUAAAAUGAGGUGUUACAAGAGCCUCAGAUUUAUGACUUGUAUCCAAAUUAUCUGUAUUCUCUAUGAAUUAAGAAUGACCUUUUACUAUUCAGUAUACUGUUAAUACAAUCCUUACAAUCUGGAAUGCAACUGAAUUAUUUUGUUGCACUGUUUAAUGUCUCAUGGUUAAUUCUUUAUCUAUAAGACCAUACAGGAUUACAGGUCUUCAGCUGUGGUUGAUCAUGGGGUGGGGGGGCAUACAUUAUAUUUUUCAGAUGCCCUCAUUAAUGAUAGAAUUUGUAUUCUUACUUUAAGAAUUAAAUGUUAUUUCAUACCCUGAG